AUGUCGGUAGCUGCCCGGUUCCCCAACGGAGAAUGCGCUUUAGGUGAGGAAGCGUUUCUGGGCUCGGGGGGAUGCCCGCUUGCUGGCCCAGCGACGGGUGCGCUGCCCCCGGGUAUAGGGCCCAGCUCACUCACUUCUGCGACAGAUAUUGAAGGGGGAUCCUUCGGAGUGAGCUGCCUGCCUCUGUUAAGUAAGCAUUCAGAGCCAGCUGUGGGGCAGACGGCGGCGGAGAAGGCUGCCAGCGACCGCAGCUGCUCCACGACAACAGGAGCAGAUGGGCCUCUUUCUGCAGAUGCUUGCAACUCUGCCUCUUCUGAUUCUGCUUUUCUAUCGGCAGGUCAAGAGUGUGACUUGCCUCGUAUGUCUCUAGCAUUCACCACACCAAGUGGGGGCAGGCUUUCUCUCACAGAUCCCCCACAGGAAGUUGGGGGGACCCUCUCUACAGUCCCUUACCAGGGUGACGAGGCACUCGAGGUGGCAGCCCUCACGGCGCAGCUGAAAUGUCUUGAUGUGCAGAAUGCCUGUGAGCCGGCCACAAGCAAGGUGAAGACAGUAGGGGCAGAGGGGGUGCCUCUCCAGCUCUCUCCACAGCUCCCCGCGCCAGAGUUACACAGCCAAGCGGUGUCAGAAGGGGGGGCUGUGGAGGCAAAGUCCUGGGUUCCGGCCCAGGCUCAAGGAGGAGCCGGGGUGGGAGCUUCGCAGGUGUCCGGGGGCCCCCACACGCAGCAGGAGGGGCCCCGAAGUCGUCAAAGGUCGAACGCCUUCGCUCCAACCUGCGGAGGUGGGAAGGCUCGUGCGGGAGACACAGAAGACCAGGUGUACCGAUUGGGCCUGUUGCUGCGCCAGCUGGGAAGGCUUGGGCGGGUGCGGUCGUGUUGGGAAAUCUGGCAGGAGAUGAUGAAUACGGAAGGCAAGCGCGACAGGGACUCACCGAAGUGUCUGUGGGGCAUGGCAUCGGCUGUAUGCAGGCGUCUAUAUUUCUCUGUGUCGCAUCGUUUGUCUCCGGUGUCUCUGUGGAGACGGUUACAUGACUGGGGACUAGCAGCGCUGUUCGGUUGGGCCACAGUGUCGGAUGUGGGGCGGCGUGUUGCCUCAGGCCUCAAGCCCAACGCCGUCUCCUACGGCUGCAUCUUCGAUGCGUUGGUGAGCAACGGAGCCAUGGACUUGGCCUUGAAGCUCUUGGCUGACAUGAAAGCUUCUAACCAGCCCCUUGACCAAGCCCUGAGUCUGUUCGAAGAGAUGGCUGCACAGGGGGUGGAGAUUAACACGGUCACUUACAACUCUCUCCUAGAUGUGUGUGCUCGUGUGGGGGCAAUGGACCGUGCAGCUUCCCUGCUAGACGACAUGCUCCAGAAAGGUGUGCAGCCUGAUCUGAUCACAUUCAGCACCAUCAUAAAAGGCUACUGCGCCCACGGGCAGAUGGACAAAGGCCUCCUCUUGCUCAAGGCAAUGAAGCAGAAGAACAUUAACCCCGACGGUGUUCUGUAUAACUCUCUUCUGGAUGGAUGCGUGCGCUCUGGUCGGUCGUCCCUCUGUCUAGAACUUUGGCAAGAGAUGCAGGCCCAGCGCAUAAAGCCCUCGAACUUCACACUGAGCAUUCUGAUUAAAUUGCACGGGCGUAUGCGGCAGCUGCCUGUUGCCUUCGAGCUGGUCAAGCAACUCCCCAAGAUGUACGACUUCAGAAUCAAUGCCCACGUGUACACUUGCCUCAUGGCCGCGUGCAUAGAAAACCGACAGUACAAGGCAGCGUAUAACGUCUUGCAGAUCAUGCGCCGAGAAGGAGUGGCGGCUGAUAGUAAAACUGUGAGCACCAUUGUUUUUGGCUGUCUAAAGGGGCGGAUGCACGCUCAGGCUGUGGAGGUCGUUUUGAACGCUUUGGAGAGUAUGCGCGAGUCAAACUCGCGGGGUCCAGGCCGACAUAUUUCGCGGGGCCGUCCUUUGGGUGUUGGGACGGGCCGCAAACAGGACUUGCCGGCGAUAGACGAGAAGACUGUGCGCUUGCUAGUGUAUCACUUGAGGGAGCAGCACAUGCAUCGUGAAUGCACGUUGGUCUUGGAAGCAGCAGUGAGUGUGGGCCUCAUGAGUCGUGCCACGGCACAGUCUCUGCUCACAGGUGAAGGGAGCUCCGGGCGCAGGCUUCCCUUUGCUGCCUCCACCGUCCCAACUGGGGCCUUCGCGCCGUCUCAACCCCUCAGCCGCCAGCCGCAUCUCAUAGCCAACGCGCCUCCAGCUGGCGCGCGGCUCAUGGGAAUUCGUGGGGGCGCGGAGCAAGGCAACAUGCGAUGGCAUGAGCCUAGAGGGGCUCAUCGCCACCCGGUAGCUGGACUCCAUGGGGGGACUCCCCACCGCAGUGUCAACAGCGGGGCAAAGGAAGGGUACUCACUCCCCGCCGAGGGCCACCUUAACUUGAGCGCAGCUCAAGAGAAUCCCAUGAUCUCCGCGGGCCAGCCUUGGUCCGUCGAGCGGUCGCCUCCUCAGCCGCCUCCUACAGCUACCGUGAGGAGGUCGCAGGCAAUGAAUUCACUGCCGCCCGGAGUUGAAGCCAAACAACGGGUUCUCUCGUUGCAUCCGCAAGACCCUCUCCCUCUUCGCACCGCUGGACUGUUGGGGGAUCUGGCGACGCAGCAUCUGCCGCAGCUUCCGAUCAACGGAGGCAUUCUGACUGGAGGGAAUACAGUGGAUUUGGCCCCUCCGAGUGGCCGGUCGUUACAUCUGGGGACUCCACCCUACAUCGCUGAGGAGAGCGUCUCAACGCAAGGAGCAACGCUACACACUUCCGUCUCCGUGGAUUUGUAUGGACCCGGGAUGGUCAGCGAGUCUAGCUGUAUCUGGGGCGCUCCGGCACCCGGGACAACACCACAAUCUGCAACGGGCUGCGGUCUCUUUGCAAUGCCAUCGGCCGUAGCCCCUCCUCCACAACGCACUGUGGAUCUGCCCAUUGAUAGCAACGUCCUCCUCGGGGCGGGAGGCUCAUUUUUCAAUGAAGAGAGUUGCCAGCUUCCCGGUCUGCCUCUCUCUUCAACUGCAUACGCUUCUGGUCUCGGCAGCAAGGAGAAAAUACCUGGAGGGGAUUAA